AUGAAAGUUGUGAAGAUUUGUGGGAUUAAGAGCGUUGAGGCAGCGAAGGUUGCGAUCGACAACGGAGCGAAUCUCUUGGGGUGUAUACUAGUGCCCAAUCGUGCACGAACGAUAGACCAUGAAGUGGCAAAACAGAUUUCACAGAUGAUGGGCCAUAGGAAGCCGCCAAAGUUUGAUGCGAGUACGCCAACUGAGCAUUUUGAGUUAGUUUCGCAAUGGAUAGUUGAGAAUGGGCCGUUUUUAGUUGGUGUAUUUAGGAACCAGCCUAGGGAAGAGGUGUUUCGUAUUGCAAGGGAGUUGGGGCUUGACUUUAUCCAGCUCCAUGGGCUGGAAGAUAAGCUAGAGUUUGUUAACCUGGAGUUUGGGAUAAUUCCUAGGUAUGUGGUGCCAGAUGAGAUGGACCUUUUAGGGGAGCAGGCGCCGCUGUUGAUGCAAUGUGUGAGUUUGCCGUUGCUUGAUUCUGAGGCUGGUGGUGAAGGGAAGGUACUUGAUUGGACGUUUAUUGAGAGGCUACCUACAAAGGCUCUACUUGCUGGAGGGUUAACGCCAGAGAAUAUACCAACCUUCCAAACCAUUUUAGGGUAUGAUGUUAGUGGUGGAGUUGAAACUAAUGGUGUUAAAGAUUCGUCGAAAAUUAUAAAAUUUAUACAAAACGGCCAUGCCGCUUAG